AUGGUCGAUCGAAGAGAACCACAAGGCUAUGAAAGCUAUUAUCAGUUCCAAACAUACGCCCCUGUCGAUGCACCUCUCCUGGGCGCCAAAGAAUCCAAGGGAUCAAAAUCUUCUAAGUCUCGAUACCAGAAAUUCGAUAAUCCCACUGAUGAUUCAAUCCAGACACCUAGACAAGGAGCUGGUGAUGAUGCUAUGGAUAUGGGCUACGCUGGCUCUGCAACUCAGGCUCAAGGGAGCCAAUCUGCUACUGGAUCUGGGACGCCAGGAGCAGGACCGGCAGCUCAGCAUCAAGCAACGACAUCUGGCUCCCGGGUUAUAGGAGGCACUAUGCCAUCUUACGGGACCUCAGGAUCUCAGACCGCUACCGGUGGUCAUCGCCGACCAUCCGGUUAUGGGUCUCAGACAGGUACCGGCUCCCAACAGCGACCAUCCGGUUCUGGAUCUCAGACCGCUACUGGUUCUCAAUACCAGCCAUCUGGUUCUGGAUCUCAGACUGCUACCGGUUCUCAAUACCGACCAUCCGGUUCUGGAUCUCAACCGACCAGACCUCAGGAAUGGACUACAGGAGCAAGUUCAUGGAAUUACGCCCCUAAAGUUUCCUCUUACCAACGAACCGUUUCAGAAGUAACGAAAGUUCAAACUUCAAGGCCAGUCGAGCUAUCCACACCCAAUGACGGGAAUCCAAGGAGUCAUUUAGGAGCUCCGGUUGGAGCAAUUGAAUCUCCGUCUGGGUCAGCAUCUGUAGGAUCCCAGACUAGACGCACAAGUCGAAGUUCUUUUGCCCCGCAACAUGCAAGCUCCCAACCUCCGGACGCCGCAAAAUCUAUGCAUUCCGCCUUUGGCGGAUUGGCUCUGGAUAACAAUAGCGGUGGAAACCAGGAACACAUGAGGCAAAAAUCAUCAGCGGUGCUACCAGGUGGUGUUCCGCAGGGAAACCCGGUUAAUCCCUUCGGUGGAUCGCCAGGAAACAGUUCUGGAACUUCAGGUCAAACGAGUGGUUGGGCCAACUUCAGUGGCCAGCCAUUUAAUUCGGCACCGCCUCCGGCUCCGACUUCGGGGGCGUUAUCAGCUGCGGGCCCAUCAGCACCGACUGGCAUUUCGAUAGCGUCGAUAAGGAAUGAUUGA